AUGACUCGAGAUUCCACGCGGUCGCUUGAUGGCGGGCACGACCAUCGCGAUGCCGAAGUCGAUCUGCUCGCCGGUCUGUGGGAGGAGGCGCCAUUUGCGCGGCUGCCGUGGGAUGCGCCGACCGAGCUUAAGGAGCUGAUCGAGGACAUCGAGAACCCGAAGCGAGUCUACGCCGUGCAUCGCGCAAGCCGGCGGCACAACUUCCAGCUUCUCCUUGAAAAGUGCAUUCAUCGUGCAGCUAAGAGAUGGUUGUGGCUCGAGUACCUGUACCACCGCGACAUGCUUCUCUUGCCGAAAACGAAUCGCGGGACGAGCUCCGAUCCGACGAUACAAUACCACAAGUGCCCGGGUGUUGGCCGUCUAUAUGGCAAGCCAGGAUAA